CACUCCCUUAGUCCCUUAGCCAGGGCUGGACUCUUGCCUUUGCUAUAGAUCCCCUAACCCCGACUACCCCCAGUCUCUGCUAAUCUGCUUUAAGAAGUAAUGCACUUGGGUUAAUGCCUCUCACUGAUUACACAUAUUAUCCCUCAAUAACUGGAGCCACUCUGCCUGCUGCACUCACUGCUCCUCAACACGUGAAUCCUACUGAGCUUUGUUUAUAACCAGAGAGCUGAGCAUCGUCGCAUACACCCAGUGCAACAUCAGAGGAUAAUAUUUAUCAUCCCCGCUCUUAUAAUCAUGUACCUGUGGAGCUAAAGUCCCCUCCUUCAUCUUCCUCACACCUGUGGCUCCAUGGAACAUGCCUGACGAGAGAAGCUCCUUGAUCUCUGGAUCUGGGGAGAGCAGGACAAGGGGGUCUGGAUAACAAGCAAAAAGGCUGCACAGAUAAUUCUCCAUAUUUUUGUUACAUCAAAGCGAGCCAUGGCUUUCCCUUCUUGGUUCCGAUGGAGCGAUUCCCAGUUACGGCUUCCCUCACGAAACCCCAAUGACAUGGUAGUGGACACACUCAUGAUGGAGCUGGGCUGGCAGAUAAAGCAGGCCGAGAGGCUACAGCGGGAUAAAGAAAACGAGUAUCGGAAGAUUAAGACGGGAGUGGAUUACAGCUGGCUGGUCAGUUACCCCAAGCACAGCUUCGAUAUCAGCCCCGGAGAAAGGCUGCAACUGGAGGAUGCAUGCAGCAAGGUGCACCCAUCGUACUGCGGCCCUAUCAUUCUCAGGUUCAGGCAGAUUGUAGCAGAAUAUGACCCAGAUGUCAAGGAGGUUCCUCACCUUUUUCGAUCAGUCCUGCAGGAAGCGGCUGAGAAAAUGAAAGAGGAAGAUGAGGUCAAGAAACUGGCGCGACAGUGGACCACAAAGAGAGCCAUGAGCAUGUCCCUCACCACCUUCAAGUCCAGAGCCCGAAUCUAUCCUUUCAUGAGUGACAUUAAGACUAUUUCUGAGGAUGUUGAGCGAGAAGCUGAACCCGCCCGUAGAGUAUGGAGCAUGCCGGAGUUCCGUACCACAAAAGAUGACUAAACUUCACCCAAUCGAUGGAAACUGCAACCCAAUGACCAGAACUAAUUCAACCUUAAAAAAGGAUUAAAACAAUCUAUUCUUUAUUAACAUAUACAGUAAGAUGCUCACAGCACCUCAGCAUUCUUGGGCAAUGCAAACUCGCUUGUUUGGUCUAUGCAUGGGCAGCUGCCAUAUUGCUCUACGCAGGGAUAAAUGGCCAUUUAGUUGUGUUGAAAUCACUAAUGAGCACCAUGCGUUUUUCAGCAUGAUAAAAUGUGAUACAACACCAAAUACUUCUAUGGCCAAUCAUUUUGAUUUUUUUUCUAGAAACAUCUGACUUUGUUAGAGAUCUCCUGUUAAUUACUCAGUCUGUACUAAAUGCCCAUAUGAACUCAAGGAAAACAGUCACCCAAAGGCCUCCAGCCUUUGUUUUCCACUCCGUACUGUAUUAUGGAAGUUCCUUCUUUAUUUCGUUACAUAUUUAGUUGUUACGUGAUAGGUUUAUUAGUGUUCUUGGGAACCAUUCUAUUGGCAUCAUUUAUAUUGUGACCAAUCACAUGCUGUACGAUUUAUAUUAUAUAGCUACAACUCACUGCAUUAAAUCUAAGGGCAGUUUUGAGGCCCAUAUGGCAUUUCUUUUUGGGCACAGGGUGUGGGAGGGACUUUUGACUAUUUUGGCCAAGGGGCCUGGAGCAUUAGCCAAUGGCUGUUUCACCAAUGUUGGUAAUUGGACAUUCCUCUGCUGUUUUUCUCAAUUUGGGAGCAAUUUUUCAAUUUCUAGAAUAGGAGAAGCCAUUAAGAAUGAUGAGAUUUGUAAGAUUAUAUAUAACAUUUUCUUUAUCUUGUUAUUUGGCAUGACUUUAUAUAAAUAAAUAAAGGAACAAUGGAGAGUGCACUCAUGA